UGUGUUCGCUACAAAUUCCACCAAUCCGGAUAGCGAUUGUUGGAUGCUGCCGUUUGUCGCAAGGCAGGGGACGGUGGAGGGAAGUUGCCGGGGCCGCAGUAGUGUAUAGUUUUUGAAUAAGAUCAUGUCAGCGAAGAGGAGUAUCGGGGAUUCAGAGAUUUUAAAGAAAAGAAUUCCACAGAAUCUAAAAUAUCAGCAUAUCAAAACAAGGCUAGAUACAGAUUAUAGGUACAAAAAAGAUGAACUGUUCAAGCGGAUUAAAGUUACCACUUUUGCUCAACUUGUCCUUCAAGUGGCAUCAGUAUCAGAAGAAAGGGAGAGUGGUGAAAUGACUACUGACGAGCUUCAGAGAUUAGAAGAUAAUAGCUCUGUCAUAUCAGAUACCGAAUUUCUGACAGACCGAACCAAUGGUAAAGGGAGCCCAGUUAAUGAUUCCAAAAGUCCUAUACAAUUUAUUGACAGUGAAAGAGGCGAAGAAUGUAUACAUACAUCAAGAUCUACCCUUCAGAGUGUCAUAAGUGGAGUAGGAGAGCUGGACCUUGGAAAUCAGGCUGAUAAAAAAAAGGAAUCUUUGCAAAGCUCCAGUGCUCUAGACAAGCCUUAUGAGGAUUGCCCAUUUCUACUCCUUGAUGUGAGAGACAGAGAUUCCUAUGAUCAGUGCCACGUUGUUGGAGCCAAGAAUUAUCCUAUUGCAAUGCUUUCCAGGACGAUGAACCCUUUCACACCAGAAAUCCUAGAAUACAGAAAUGCACAUGGUAAAAUUAUUAUCCUCUAUGACGAAGAUGAGCGAAUAGCCAGUCAGGCUGCCACCACUAUGUGUGAGCGAGGGUUUGAGAAUUUGUUCAUGUUAUCUGGAGGUUUAAAAGUCAUAUCACAAAAAUUCCCUCAAGGUCUUACUACUGGGUCUUUUCCGGUCACUUGUCUGGUUCCACCCACCCAAACGAAGUCUGCUCUUAAACGAACACCAAAGGAUCCCAUUGUACCUGCUGAAGACAAGUGGAGAUUUUCAUCCCAGGACCUGGAAAUGAUAGAAAACCAUCUAGAAAAUAUGCUCAUGUCAACCAGCACACCUAGUCGCCUCAGAAUGGAUUCAAGAAACAGCAAAGUCCCAUCAUCUGCCAGCUCAGCCCGGUCACAAAGCAGCACCAGCUCACACUCCAAGCCCUGGAAAUAAGCAGGGGCUUAGAAGCAUUUUCCUAAUUAAAUUCCAAAACUAUUUUUCUAAUACCAUUGUUUUAUUCAUGCGCCAGCAGUAUUGAACAUCUAGACAAUGAUUUAUUAGGAAACAAUAAAUUGUGAGCAAGUAGGAUGUUUACAGAAUAUUUAUAAUCACUGUAUAGGGAACAAGUCAAGGUGAAAUUUUGUCUUCUUGCAGUGUCUAGAAAACUCACUUGUAAUUAAUGGUCAAUGUUUACUGUUAGAAUUUCAAAACAAACUUGCAGCUAAUAAUGAACUUCUGAGAUUGUGUGUGAUACAGGGAUACAAAGAUCCAUUAACAGUUGCUGUGUUUAUAAAAACAUCUGUAAAUACCAUGUUUCCCAUUUCAUUUAGAUACUACUAAUUUAUGCUUUAGUGUAGUUACUGUUCCAACCAGUGUCGGACUGAGAUGGCAGGGGCCCACCAGAAAACCCUGAACCAUGGGCCCACUCUCAAAACUUUAAUUCCUCCCCUCCUCUCUCAAACUCUUUAUUAUCCUAGUCUCUUUUCUACUACAUACUAUACUCUAUUCUUCCAUCUAUCAUAUAUCCUUGUUCCCAUACAGAAACAGGGAAUGACCAUGAAAUAGUUAGAAGCAAAAGGGCCCACUGACACCUGGGCCCACCGGGAGUUUUCCUGGUAUCCUGGUGGGCCAGCCCGACACUGGUUCCAACCGCAGCAGUUACUUAGAAGCUGAUCUAUACCAGAAUAGGGCAGCUUUCAGUGACCAUGUCAAUGAAUAACAAUACAUGUUUAUACAUGCCUUCAUACCCUUAUGGAUUCAGAACUAUUGCUAAGUAAUAUUAUGUGUUUUAAAUGUUACUUUUGUGUUUUCCAACACUGUACAUAUUUAUUAACAAGAACAACUUAGGAAAAUAACAGUGCUGCCGUUCAAAUUUAUUUUUACUAUCUUAAUGUGACUAAAUAGAAUUUUAACACUCUUACAUUUAACUUAGCCUGAAAUAAUUGAACUUGGAAAUAUAUAAAAGGAAAUUUAGAGGAUAUAAAGAGAAAUUGUAAUCCAUUUAGAAACCCUUCACAGGAGCUUUGUAGCAAUGCAGUGUGUCUAAAGGAACAGUAAUGUCAUAAGUAGUAUAAUUUCAAUAAAGAUAAAAGUGUUUAUUUUA